UGCUCCCUCGGCUGGGAUCGCGGCGUCUCCCGCUCGCCGCACUGCUCCACGCCUGGCCGGUGGGUCCGGAGGCGGCAGUCGUGCGUGGGCUCGGGCGGACGGGCGCGGCGGUCGAGGCGAGGCGGCGGCGCGGGUGGACAGCGCGGAACCCAGCAAGUUCCUCAACGCAGGCGAUGUCGCCGGGCGCGGGCCCCUGCGUACGCCGGGCGCCGUGACAGGCCGGCCGGGGAGGCGCGGACGGGGGAGGCCGCGACGGAGCUCCCGGACUGGCCAUGGGCUGAGACGCAUCUUCGCAGAGCAGCCUGUAGUGAAAGUGACCCUUCCAUACUCCACCAGAACAUGCCGGGGUGAUUUCCUCCCAGAUCUUCCGGUGGCCUUCUUCGCUCUCCCCAGGGACACUAUGCAACCCCAGCGUGACCUGCGAGGCCUCUGGCUCCUGCUGCUCUCCUUAUUCCUGCUCCUCUUUGAGGUAGCCAGGGCUGGCCGAUCUGUGGUUAGCUGUCCCGCCAACUGCCUGUGCGCCAGCAACAUCCUCAGCUGCUCCAAGCAGCAGCUGCCCAAUGUACCCCAGUCCCUGCCCAGCUACACGGCACUUCUGGACCUCAGCCACAACAACUUGAGCCGGCUGCGGGCAGAGUGGACCCCCACCCGUCUGAUGAACCUGCACUCGCUGCUGCUGAGCCACAACCACCUGAACUUUAUCUCCUCCGAGGCCUUCAUCCCGGUACCCAACCUGCGGUACCUGGACCUCUCCUCCAACCAUCUUCACACGCUGGAUGAGUUCCUGUUCAGCGAUCUGCACGCCCUGGAAGUGCUGUUGCUCUACAACAACCGCAUCGGGGUGGUGGACAAGUAUGCCUUCGAGGACAUGGCCCAGCUGCAGAAACUCUACUUGAGCCAGAACCUGAUCACUCGCUUCCCUCUGGAACUGAUCAAGGAUGGAAACAAAUUACCCAAACUUAUGCUCUUGGAUCUGUCUUCCAACAAGCUGAAGAAGCUGCCGUUCACCGACCUGCAGAAGUUGCCAGCGUGGGUCAAGAACGGGCUGUACCUGCACAACAACCCCCUGGAGUGUGACUGCAAGCUCUACCAGCUCUUUUCGCACUGGCAGUACCGGCAGCUGAGUUCCGUGGUUGACUUCCAGGAGGAUCUAUACUGCAUGUAUUCCAAGGAGCUGCACAAUGUCUUUAGUCUGGAUUUCUUCAACUGCAGCGAGUACAAGGAGAGCGCCUGGGAGGCCCACCUGGGAGAUACCUUGACCAUCACGUGUGACACCAAACAACAAGGGAUGACCAAAGUGUGGGUGACGCCAAGCAAUGAACAGGUGCUAAACCAGGGGGCCAACGGCACAGUGACCGUGUCCGAGGAUGGCAGCCUUCAUUUUGAGAAGGUGCAGGCUGAGGAUGGUGGUGUGUACACCUGCUACGCCAUGGGGGAGACUUUCAACGAGACACUGUCCGUGGAGUUGAAAGUGUACAACUUCACCUUGCACGGACACCAUGACACCCUCAACACGGCCUAUACCACCCUGGUGGGCUGUAUCCUCAGUGUGGUUCUGGUUCUCAUAUACUUGUACCUCACCCCUUGCCGCUGUUGGUGCCGGGGUGUGGAGAAGCCUUCCAGCCAUCAAGGGGAUAGUCUCAGUUCUUCCAUGCUCAGUACCACACCCAACCAUGAUCCCAUGGCUGGUGGGGACAAAGAUGAUGGUUUUGACCGGCGGGUGGCCUUCCUGGAACCUGCUGGACCCGGGCAGGGUCAAAAUGGCAAACUCAAGCCUGGCAACACUCUGCCGGUGCCUGAGGCAACAGGCAAGGGCCAACGGAGGAUGUCAGAUCCUGAGUCGGUCAGCUCAGUUUUCUCUGAUACGCCCAUUGUGGUGUGAGCAGGAUAGGUUGGUGGGGAGGUUCUGCCCCAGGAGAGGUCGUGUUACCCCUGAGGGAUAGGAGGGGAUGGAAGAGAGGGCUGGCUGCCCAAGGGAGUGGGUUCUUCCUGACCACCAGGGAAUUGGUCAUGGGCACAAGAGCAGGCAAGACCCCAGUGACCGUGUGGAUGCCGUGAGUUUCACAUACGGAUAUAUUAAUCCUCAGGCAGACACCACACCCCUACCCAAAGCCUUGGCUAUUCUCAGUGUGGUAGAGGAGGAGGGACGCGUCUGAGUCGGAUGGGAAUGAAGAAAGGGGUGAGGGGAAGAGCAGAUUCCCUAAACUUUUUUGAGGUCAUCCCUAGCUCCUUAAGAGAAAACCAUUUGAAAAACAAAUUUUUUUUCUGUCUCUGCCCACCCACACCUGUGAAGUUGUGUGUGUUGGGGGAGCUUCCACAGGAGCCAUGCUGGGAUGCUGCGGUAUCUUCUCUGGUCAGGAAGUCACAUUCAGAGCUAGUGGGGGUUGGAAACCUUUGGAAAAUGAGUCAGGGAAAGAUGGAGGCCUGGAUCUAUAGCACCGCCUAAAGCUGCUGUGAGACUCCUCGCGAAAGCCGUCCUCUUUCCCUGGGAGUCCUGAGUAGGUGGAUUUUUGCAGGAGUCUGGCCUCUUGCCUGUUAGUCAUGGCAGCAAUAUGGAAUGUGGUAUCUACGCCUUGUCCCAGGGCAAGUGGCACAGAUAGGUACAGAAUGAAUUAAGGGGUUCCUGUCAUAGCAUAAAAUUUGUAGAUAGGACAUAAAUUCCAGGUAAGCGAACUUCCUGGCUGGGGGAAAGCUUUGAUUAGUAUGUGACUCCCAGUGUAUGUCUGUUGGGACCACAGUAGGGGAUGCUGAAGGCAGAGCAUUGUGGAAACCUGCUGCCAGUGUGGCCUAAGGGCCACUCUCCCUGACAGGAUGAGGAAAACCAGCCUCUUCGAUGUAGCAGCCAGCCAGACCUACCUGAUUUUCUGUGCGUGCCCUCUCUUCAGUCAACCUUCUAAUCAACUCAGGUGGGGUUCUGAGCCUUCUACGUUAUGCUGCUCCACAGAGGGAGGAGUCCAGUAAAGUCUGGUCCUGCUCAGUUAGACAAGGUCUGGAGUUAGACAGGGCCCAGCAUUUAUGUCUCGCUGCCGAUAAGGCUGCCUCCCUCCUGUUGCAGAGCCGAAGUGUGGGAUUUUAUUAUCUGCAGGUUAGAACCUAGUCGUGUUUGUCCCAGAAUGGCGCUACAGAGUGUGACUUAGAGGCCUGCCCUCCACACCAGUCUUGCAAUAGAGGUGUAAGGGGCACAAAACUUUGAAAAGGAAGUUCCCCCAAACCAUCCUUCUCAGUUGUGGGGGUGGGGAUCAGUGCAGUUGUGGCUGUCAGAGAGAGACUUAAAAACAAACCCAGCCUUAGCUUCCAUCCAGGCUUGCAAAAUGCUUUGGGUACAAAGAUGACUAUGCCCAGCACCCUUUGACCAUCCUGCAAGCCCCAGAGCUUUGGAAGGGGGGUGAGCAGGGCAGAGGUGAAAGUGUUGCCCAGCGUUGGUCUUUUUCAGUGUCUUUCCUUUCCCUUGUUUCCUGUAGUUGGAAGUUGUCCAGGUCCUCCAGUUUCCUGACCUGCUUUUGAGGUUCUAAGAGGUGUUGUUUACCUAUGGUGUGGGCUGCUUAGUGCCAGGAGGGCCUGCCAGGCUGCCUAUAAGGACCGGGGAAGAGAAACCGAAGUAAACAUUGUCCCCCAUCUGCUCCUGGGAUCUCAAGGCUGCUGUCCAUCCUUUAUUAGUAACCUAGUUUUGUCAAGAGAGAGGUGCAGCGAUUUCCCCUUAAGUAGUUGCAUGCUCGUAGGUCUGCAUGCUCGUAGGUCUGCAUGCACACCAGCACCUUGACCUCCACCAGGACAGUGAGUCUGUGGCCCCCUCUAGAAUGGCCUCCACCCAUGUGCACAACUUCUCGCGCACAAGUUUCUUGCACUGUAGGAGAGACGGUGACCAUGCCAGGCUUCUCCACUGCACAAGAGUGUCCUUUAAUUUCUGAACACCCUGAAGUUUACCCAUAUCUCCAUGGCUCUAAAUAACUCCUCUGCAGAGGUCAGAGUUAGGGGAACCACACGUUGAAGCCUUUGGGAGAAGGGGUGGGGAGGCCUCAGCUUUCGUCAGACUCUUCAGACACCUUCCUUAAAGACUACACAUAUAUGAGACAGGAAGCUAGAACCAGAGCAGUGAAGGACCCCAAAGGAUGCUGGUCAUGGCUAAGCAGCUCUGAGUUGUUCUUCCUUUGUUACCUGUCCUGAUAGACAAGGGUUGGAGAGGAAUGCUGUCUGGUUGUGUUCCAAAGACUAAUGGGGACUUUGUCACCAGAGGUCCAAGAACCAGACCUCUGAUCUCAGACUCAUCAGGAAAUGGGAAAAUGUCUUGUUUGGCAGCUUCCUCUCUUGAUACCAUCUGGGAUGUGAAACUAUUUCUGAUGGAGGUCAAAUGAAAUUUUCCUUUGGGGGCAUUCCAGCUGAGCUCCUGAGGGCCAGGAGAGCCAUUGUCUUUGUAAGUCCUACUCUGUAGCCCCAACUCUCCCUACUACACCGGCUAACUUGGGCCCUAGGUCAAAACACCUGGAGGACAUGUCUGGACACCACCAGGACAUUUAACUGACUGGUCUCUUGUGGUUUCAGUUCACUCCUUGUAGGGGGUAUGUAUGUGUAUCUGUAUCCCACAUGUAUGAUCCCAUUAAACCUCGGAAAGAAAGCCACCAAGUGUAGACACAAGAAAGGCUGACCUUCACCCCACGUGCACCCACAAACUUUGUCUCCCAGGAAGGAGAUGCAGGUGUCUCUGGAGACGGUGUCAUAAGGCUCUACAGUCUGUGAUCUUUUUCUUUACUGAAUGUAUGGGGCCCCUGGAAGAGGCCAGGAAAGGGUAGACCCAUCUGGGGAGAAAGCCAACUUUCCGGUUUUGUGUGUGUUCUUGCCUCUGUAAUUCCUCUCUCCUCUGUCUAGGACUCUUCCCCCACUGUGUAUACCAGGCUGGCAAACCUUGGAGCCGACAGGCUCUGUAACUAGACAGUGACCAUUAAACCUGGCUUGAGUCUCUGCUCUGGCAGUUUGUGGAUGGUUUAUUUAUCUUAGCCUGUGGGCGGGAGCAGCACACUUCAAAAGGGCGUGACAUAUCUAAAGAGAAUCUUCUAAGUGUUGCUGUCUGCAUCGUCUAGAAAUUAAAUGUAAAAUAGGUGUCAUCCAAGCGUUAAGAUAGACAAGAGAAUGGCAGACUUUUUUUUAUAGGCCAGACAGUAAAUAUUUUGUGCUUUAGAGGCUCCACCAUUUACUAAGCCUCAACUGCACGGCUCUAGCAGACAAAUGUGCACAAACAGUAAGUAGAUGAACGGCCGUGGUUCUGUCCCAGUGUAGUGAUCUGUUAGAGUAACCCCAAGACAGAGUGACUUAUGAGGAAAAAAGGUGUACUUAGCUUACAAUUUGGAGGAUCAAAGCCCAAGAUCUGGGGUCGUCUUUGUUGUGCAUGUCAGGAGGGCCUCAUGGUGUAUGACAUCACAGUAAUGGGAGGGCAUGCAGAAGAGAUCACGUGCUGAGGCAGGAGGCAAGAGAGAUUCAGGGGUCUGGUUUGCUCUUCUUAUAACAGCUUGCUCUUGUAAGAACCAGCCAGGGUCCUAUGAACUACAGUAAUGUCUUCUAAGGGGGAUGCCCCCAGUGACCUAAUUAUCUCACUAGACCCUCUGUCGUAAAGGUUUCACCUUUCGGGGCUAUACCACCCUGGGGUCCAAGCAUCUAGGACAUGAAUCUUUCAGGUACUCAUUCAAAUUGCUGCCAAAAUAUAACAUCCAGUGAAAUUUUACUUGUGGGCAUUAAAAUGUUAACGUCUUUUGAAUUUGUUUCAACAAGUUAAAAAGAAGUCAAAGUUACCAGUCUUACAGACCACACAAAAACCAGGCAGGGGUUCUGCCCCACAGUCAGAGAGCCUCAGAAGCGGUGUCCCAGUGCCCGAGCAAGCGAGAGUGCACAUACCCUGGGCUAGGGCUAGUACAUAUGACGAUUGUCUAAAUGCCCAAGGAGACAAAAAAGAAUUCUGCAAGGCAGAAGCUGAUAAAUGCCCAAGGAGGAGGUUGCUUCCCUGCAGGCUUCUCUUAAAAGGCCAGAUCAAGCUUCCUAAUUGGUACAAUGGCAAAAUGCUCAGGUUGGGUGGUGGCUUUUUUUUUUUUUUUUUAACGAUGGGAAACAGCUCGCUUUCAUAAAAUUUUGAUUAUUACCAGGAUAUUUUCAUCUUGGGCUAAAAGCAUAUUCAUCUAAUGGGUAUGUUAAUACUCAAUGACUGCUUCACGAGCAGUAAGUAUUCUGCAGAAUAGAAAAAGAAAAGAUGGAACUUUUACUUUUUCUUAUAGACAUACCCUGUUAGAAACUGAACUGGAUUAUACUCUGACUAGGCCUCUUGGGGCUUCUGUAAGGGACUCUUCUGGUAGAUCCCAAAAGGGUGAGGUCUAGGCCCUUACCACCCUACACGUGCUGGAUCUCAGCUGAUCUUAGAAGCUAAGUAGGGUCAGUCCUGGUUUGUACUUGGAUGGGAGACCAGAGAGGGAGAAGAGAUAUAAUCACCCUAACCUCUUCUAUGUAUGAAAUUGAACCACUGCAGCCCUCUUCUGUCUGGGAAGUUGUCUUUCUCACUUUGGGAGGAACACUGCCAGUCCCAUCAAGUCAGUAAGUGAAAUACAGAUGCUGAGGUCAGAGCUCUCCCAUAGUCCACCUCUGUGUAUUCUGUUUUACAAAGUUGCCUUUGUUCUGGCUGAGCCCCUGGAUGAUAGGACCGUGCUGGUCGAGAGCAGGCUGGGAAGACUGACUGCGUUCUCCUUAUCCCCUUACGUUUUCUGAGCUCUCUCGCCUUCCAAACCUGUAUCUCUUCUGCUUUUUCUGCUCAUCCCACUGCUAAGCUCCAAGCUCUCUGGAUCGUGGUUAGGAUAUGCAGUUUGUCGGGUCUUGCAAGACUUUGCCUCAUCCCCUCAGACAGCACUUCAGGGGGAACAGAGAAGACUGAUGGGCCGGAAUGAGAGUCCAGUACAUGGGCUAGCCUAGUCUUUCAACUCCUCCCCUUUCUGUAUUUGUACCACUUAUCUUGUCUCCUAGGCAACCAAUGGUGAUGCUGUACUUUCCCCACCCACAUGGCAAAAAAAGCUCAGGCCCUGCAGUAAGGACAGUUGGCUUUUUUGGUCAGGCCCCAGGGAGUCUGUGCUUGCUGCUUCCUCUCCCAGGGCUUUGAAAGAGAAGGCUAAAACUGUCAGUCAGGCCCUUUCAUCAGGCUCAGACACUGACGGGCAGAAGAUAUCAAAUGGCCAAGAUCCUUAGAAGUGUCCUGAGGCCUUCCCUUCCGGUGUGUGCCAGCCUGAUUACUGUCCCUGGAGCACAGAGGACACAGGACUAUGGCCUGAGCGCCAUCCUUCAGUGAUCCAGGAGACACAGUCCUGCUAGGCGACGUGGGCACUGGCAUAGAUAAGGUGAUGUGCACCGGGGCAAGAGGGGACUGGAGCCAGGCAGUGCUGUGCACUUCUUUCCCCUCAGGCCCACGGCUCCCUCACUUGGUUUGGUUUACCUUAGGUGUGGGUCUCAGCAUCACUCCAAGGCCACACUGCUAGAUAACUGAGAACCUAUUCCAAAGACAGGGUGCCAGCAGCCACUCCUGUCACCAGCGACACAAAACCAACCCCCAGAUACCAUAGACUAGCCUGAAAUGGUCCUUCAUCUGCUUCAAGAUGGACCAAAAGCCUCGUUGGGAAAUUCUGACGGUUGCUGGCUGAUUAAUAAUGGACGGCUGUUCUCUGAGCACAUCUGUGACUAGCAAGCUUUCUGGGAUAAGGCGGUCUCAUCAGAGUUCAUUUAUUUGUGUGAGCCCUGACCAGUGCUGCCAAUCCACUUCCAACCCUCCCUCCAGGGCAGUUCUGGGGGGCCCUGACCUCCCACCUUGAGCUUCUUUGUGCCAUUUUGGCAAGAAUGGCUAAGGCUAGACUAGUGUUUCAUUCCUGGAUCCCAGGGUAGAAAAACAAUUAAGAUAAAAAAGACAAAUGUUCAAGCCUGCGUGCUACUGUUGGUUCUACUUGCCUUCCUCUACUCUGGGCCAAAUGCUGCUUGCCCUCAGACAAAUGGAAUGGGAAGUGUCCUUCCUCUUAACUGAAAGUUUACAUAGAACUGCUUCGUGUGUGCAUUGUGUGUGUAUGUGUGUGUGCAUAUGCGCACGUGUGUAUGAGUGCUUGUGUGAUAAUUCCAGCAAAGCAUUUUCAGGAGAGGAGACUAUGGUCUUACUCCAAGAGCCUAAGACAGGAAAGGGAACCUUAAGCUGUGGACCCCUGAAAGCCAGAAGACAUGUGCCUCACAGUACCACAUCCCCAGUCCUUAGAGCAUAGGCCUGAUGCUGUAGGACACUGCUUGUUCAUUUCCCCGCUGCCCAGACUCCCGGAAUAACCACACAGAAACUGCGUCAACUAACAGCAUACAGAGGGGAACCCACAUCAGCCUGAGGCUACAGAGGGGAAACCGGCAGGGUACUGUGCA